AAGACAGUCAGUCUGAUGUGAUUGAGACAAGGGAGGUUUUCAGGGGGAGACUGGGAGAUAGGGGCCUCCCCUCCCCCCUCGGCUCUUCCUGCGCGGGCCUGGAGCCCUCCUCAGCCCCUCCCGCAGGGUGCCCCGCGGUGAAGAUCCCCUCCCCCUCCCGCCUUCCUCCUCCCUCCCUCAGCCUUGCACUGGGACGCUGGGGAGGGGGCUGAGCCGGGUGCAGAGAACUCUCAGCUGGAUUUUCGAGAAUGGUAAAUAAGGCUGGCCAUCUUUGGAAAGGCCAUUGAUCUGCCUCAUGUAAAGUAUGCUCAGCUCCUUUCCAGUAGUUUUGCUGGAAACCAUGUCUCACUAUACAGAUGAACCCAGAUUUACCAUAGAACAGAUAGAUCUGCUCCAACGUCUUCGGCGUACCGGAAUGACCAAACAUGAAAUUCUUCAUGCAUUAGAAACUUUGGACCGUCUUGAUCAAGAGCAUAGUGAUAAGUUUGGAAGGAGGUCCAGCUACGGGGGAAGCUCGUAUGGGAACAGUACCAACAAUGUUCCAGCAUCUUCCUCUACAGCCACAGCUUCCACGCAGACUCAGCACUCGGGAAUGUCCCCAUCACCCAGCAACAGUUACGAUACCUCCCCACUGCCUUGCACUACCAAUCAAAAUGGGAGGGAGAACAAUGAUCGAUUGUCCACAUCCAAUGGGAAGAUGUCACCUUCUCGCUACCAUGUAAACAGCAUGGGUCAGAGGUCAUAUAGCUUUGAAGCCUCAGAAGAGGACCUAGAUGUAGAUGAUAAAGUGGAGGAAUUAAUGAGGAGGGACAGCAGUGUGAUAAAAGAGGAAAUCAAAGCCUUUCUUGCCAAUCGGAGGAUUUCCCAAGCAGUUGUUGCACAGGUAACAGGGAUCAGUCAGAGUCGAAUCUCUCACUGGCUGCUGCAGCAGGGAUCAGAUCUGAGUGAGCAGAAGAAAAGAGCAUUCUACCGGUGGUAUCAACUUGAGAAGACAAACCCUGGGGCUACAUUAAGUAUGAGACCUGCCCCCAUUCCAAUAGAGGACCCUGAAUGGAGACAAACACCUCCUCCAGUCUCCGCCACACCCGGAACCUUCCGGCUUCGACGAGGGAGUAGAUUUACCUGGAGAAAGGAGUGCCUAGCUGUCAUGGAAAGUUACUUCAAUGAGAACCAGUACCCAGAUGAAGCAAAGAGAGAAGAAAUCGCCAACGCUUGCAAUGCAGUCAUACAGAAGCCAGGCAAAAAGCUGUCUGACCUGGAACGAGUUACCUCUCUCAAAGUGUAUAAUUGGUUCGCUAAUCGACGGAAGGAGAUCAAGAGGAGAGCCAAUAUCGAAGCAGCAAUCCUGGAGAGUCAUGGGAUAGAUGUACAGAGUCCAGGAGGCCAUUCCAACAGUGACGAUGUGGACGGGAAUGACUACUCUGAGCAGGACACUUGGCAAGCACGCAAUGGGGAGGAGGAGGAGGGAAGAAGUUCAGAGGGAGGCAGAGAAGCAGAGAAGGAUGACAGCACCAGCCAUAGUGACCACCAAGAUCCCAUCUCGUUAGCUGUGGAGAUGGCCGCCGUCAACCACACUAUCUUGGCAUUGGCCCGGCAGGGAGCCAAUGAAAUCAAGACAGAGGCCCUGGAUGAUGACUGAUCAGGGAGUUAAACAGUUAACUUAGUUUAGACGUAGCACCUUAGCAGACUUUCCUCGGUCCUUAACAUGUGUUCUUACAGUAUAACUUACAGUUUCUUGUAUGUCAGGUAGCCAUUAGGGUCUUGUUCUGUGAAGAUGGCAUGGUGCCCUCAGCCUUUGCAUAUACUCUCUCAGUAUUAAAAUUCCAGUAAGUAAGAAGCAAACAAACAAACUUCCCUCUCCCAGCCCCUGAGGCUAAAAAAAAAUCUCGCUGCUCCGUCUUAGCAUUCCGAGAAAGUGCUUCCAGGUAUUUAGAUAACCCUCAGUUCUCAAAUAUUAGGCUCUGUGUAAAAUCUUGGGUACCUUUAGAUUCCUGUAACACUAGGCUGUACCCCGUCCCUGCCCUAAGACUGAUAGGAUGCAGGCUGAGGUAGUGGCCCAGGGCCGACAGACACCAUCUGGGAAGUAUUCAUGGAGCGGAGCACAAGGGACACUAAAGCCCCGCCUCGGCGUGAGACUCACUGAUUCAGCUGCAAUAAGCCGUGCCUCCUAGUCCCAGUGUGGCCAGGCUCUACUUCUUUGGGUGCUGUGUUAAGACUGUCAUUGGAAUCCCAAGCUCAGGUCUUGGUUAAUGCUAACAUGCCCGACACAGACAUCCUUCUCUCUUACAAGUUAUGUGACCUAGUAGAUAAUAUACUGCCUUCUGCCUUUGGGACCACGAUUCUAAAACAAAAAGGACAAAAACCAAGUUCUGAAAAGGAAAGCCCAGCUUGAGAGCAGUAGGGAAAAGCAUGAGCUGAAUGUCAGAUGGAUGCUGAGCCCAGUUCUCAGAGCCGCUAUACAUUCCACAGUGCGGUACCAGCGCCUGCCUGGGAAAGUGCUGGAGUUACCUUGGAAGUUGCUUUGCCUCCUGUUGGUGCCCCCUCCCUGCUAUCAAAAAGGAUAGUGCUGAGGUCCAGAGUGAGUGAGAGAGCAGGCUUUGUACCUGUCACCUGAAGCCCACCCAGAGUUGCUAGGACUCUGCAGGGGCAACUUGACUGCCACAGAUGGAGAUCCUUGCCUAGCUAGGGGCAGGAAAAGCAGGGGAUGUUUACCACCUACAUCAUGAGCGUGUGGGACAGCAGGAUGUCUCUGCUGUGUUCCCUUUUCCUGUCCUUGUGGAGGUGUAAAAGCUAUAUUGCUACAGGCAAUUUAUUUAAUAAUUGGAAGCCAUAUUGAUAAUGGAAGCGGUAAUAGUUGUAGUUUAAUCUACUUUAAGCGGCAGUAACUAAUGGAAUUUUUUCCUUGAUCACAUAUGUAGCACUUUUGUUACUUUUUAAAGAUAUUUAUAUUUGAUAAAUCUUUUUUCAUUUUGAGAACUCAAAAUACCAAACAGUGAAGUUGCGUUAUAAAGUCACCCUGUGGUCACCUUGUCAUCUAGUAGCAAAAUGAUGAACCAUUCAUGCAUCAAAGAAAAUUACAUCUGCUGGCCUUGUGUGAAAAUGAUCUCCUGGAGCCCUGAUUAAAUAGCACACUGUCACUGUGGGUAAGAGGAAACAGCCUUCAGUGAGUUGGUGCAGUGUGUGCUGAGAGAGGCUGAUCUUUUUCUGCCUCCUCCCAUCUCCCCUCUGUUGUGUCUGAAGAAGCCUUGCUUAGAGGGCAGUGUGGAGUGGGCCUUUGAGCAGGCUUCCAUCUGUUUGUCCAUUGCCUGAACCAAUCUCUAAGAUAGAAAGUAGGUGCCAUCUCCUCACCCCCUGCUUCCUCACCAAGUGUGUUCAACUUCAAAACUGUUGUGAGAGUCCAUGCUGACCCUCCUCACGUUCCCCUGUGUGCUGGCCUGAUCCUCGGUAUCCGCAGUGUUUAUUUAGCUGGUCUUACCAGAGCACACUCUGUCUGGAUUAUCCCUUAGGUAUAAGUCUUGGUUACAGGAAUGUGAGGAGUCAAGUCGUUAUUGAGGGGCUGAGAAUGCUACCCCACCUACGUCUGUGACUUUGAAGAGCACUAGGUAGGGCUUGGCCCUGCUCCUGUCAGUAGACUUCAGGGGGAAACACCUGCAUUUUUCCCAGCUCUGAGAACUGAAGUCGAAUGGAGCCAUCUUCUCUUACUGUAUUACUUGAACCCACAAAUUUAAGAGUAGCAUUUCUUAUUCUCAGGAACGAGCCCCCCACACCUACAGCAUCUUGCAUGGUUUAUUUGAUUUUUGUUUGUUUCACUUAGGAGAUUGCAUUGCCUUCUUUCUUUCCUUUUGUUUACUUGGAAAGAAUAUUCCUAUUAUGUCUAUCCAUUUUGGUAGAGUUUUGUCUGUUUAUUCUCAGUUGAAUCAGAAAGAACGGGGGAGGAGGGGUGUAUUUUUCUGACAAGCCACAUCCAUGAUUUGCCAUGAGAUUAUGAUGAUUGACAGCUUCUUUAUGGUGUGGCUGCUUGUGUUGUUUGUUCUCACUUGCCUUCUUAAAGGAACAGGCUCCAGCUGUUAAGACAGCUCCAGUCUCUAAGGGAACACUGACUGCAGCAGAAGAGCAAAGUGUUCUGUCAUCCUAGGGCCUUUUAGAGAGCAGUGCAGCAAAGGAUACCAAGCCCUGGCUGGUACAGGCAGUGCCAGCCUUGCGUGCCAGUGUGGUGGUACUCAAGACCAUAUUCCAUGGAGCCUGGCCCUGUGCUGAGAGCCCACAGACUCACAGCCUUAUACAGAGCUUUUGCUAUCUCACCUACAGUAGGAGUUUGCUUCUUUGGGAUGGAGUUUCAAAAUCUACCAUCAGUCAGUUUUCCCAAGGUCACCAGGUUUGAUUCUACUUUUGAGUCUUGGUUCCUGAGCUCUUGGAAUAGCCACAGAACAUCCACAGUCAGACUUAUUCUUUGUGCUCCUUGCUUUCCCUGUCUAUGUUCUCAUCCCCUUCUGUAUUUCUUGUGGUCCCAGAGCUCUUUUAGGUAGUACCUUCUCCACCAGUGACUACUGGAAGGAGGAGGGAAGGGGAGCAGGCGUUCGUAGACUGUACGGUGAUGUUUAUUUAAGAAUCACUGUUGCUGGAUAGGAAGGUCAUUUCCCACCUUCUGGUACCUUGCAUGGCGACCUGUUUUUUGGAUUGUUUGUUUGUUUGUUUGUUUGUUUUUUGUUUUGUUUUGUUUCUUAUAGCCCUGGCUGUCCUGGAACUCACUCUGUAGACCAGGCUGGACUGGAACUCAGAAAUCCACCUGCCUCUGCCUCCCAAGUGCUGGGACUAAAGGCGUGCGCCACCACUGCCUGGCUAGCAUGGCAACCUGUUAACAAAGGACCAUCUUAAGAUAUUCUUGCCUGUCUGAGACAGUUGCAGCCAGGAAGAGCAGUACAGUGCUCUCCUGCAUGACUAUGCAGGGCCCUCAGACCCAGAAGACACUUGAGUUCACAGCAGGCAUGUUUGUGUUGAACACCCAAUAAGGCAGGUUACAGGAGGAGAGAACCUGGGAUGAGGAGGCAGACAGCCUGUGUCACUCCAGCUCAGUAGGUGACUUUAGAAAGAGGAGUGCACUGGGAGCCUGCUUGGACUACUGUUCUCUGCUCCAGAACUCUGGUUCCUGGGAGGUUUGUCACUCACCACACCCAUUAUUUUAGGAGCAGACAUCUGGGAAUGUUUUUACCUCAUGGGGAUGGUACAUAGAAAGCUGAUAUAGUCGUCUCCCUUCUCUCUGGCUUUAGGAACUCUUGCUUUAAACUCCUCUUACAGACCAGUCAUCAGGCACCAGCUCCAGUAGAUGCUGUUCCAUCAGGAUGCUCCCAGCACUCUGCUCAUCUCCACAUGGCUUCUCUCCCAUUCUGUGUCUCAGCACUGCAGCUUUGUCUUGAGCUGACCAUCGCUGGACAUUUUCUCUCCUCUGAGCAGAGGCUUAGUGGGCUAGUGCUAGUCCUCUGUGAGCACAGGCCCUCCUUCCUGUGACAGGCAGCCAAGGUUCCAUCUGCUAAGCCUGUUAUCUUUGUCUACACAGUGACAAUAAUCCCUUCCCACAAUGACUUCUCUAUCCUGCCCUAAAAGUGUUCCCUUCAAGUCCUUUCUCUCCCUGGGUUCAAGAAGGGUUAGAAGGGUUAGAAGCAGCACUUCAUCUAACCAGCUUUGCUCUAGCCCAGAGCUUUCUUCCUCUUGUGCUCAGAGAAUGGCCUCACCAAGUUCUUAGGCAAUAACUUCUUGUGUGGUUGUGGUCUCCUGCUCAGUGGUUGUCUGUCUCCUGCAUGAGCAUCUGUCUCUCCAUCUCUGUGACGUCAUCCUCUUGCUAUGAUUAUUAGCUGUUUUACUACUGUGUUUAUUGAGGCGAUACUGAGACUAGACAACUCCACGGACAGCAUGACUGAGCCGAAUUUAUUUUUUUAAAAGUGAAGGUUGGGCACAUCGACCGGUCCUGCUGUGUGUGUGUGAGUGGGGCUGGGUGGGAAUGUACUGGGGCAGGGGUAGGAACUGCACAUGUCCAGCACUCCUUUGUGUGCUCGGUGCAUUGCAAAUGUGUUUACUCAGGACUGGGCCACCGGUUAUCAGCCAUGCUGGAGUUAACAAGCUGCACUGUGGCUGUGAAAAUCCUUUUCCUUUGUCUCCCUAUCGUUUGUGACACUGUUAACAGUGGGCACCCGACAACAGUGCAAAGCUUUGCAGGGAGGCAACCACACAUGGCCAGCGCUUUCUAAGGCUUUCAUGGUAGCAUGUGGUCAGAACAGAUGCUCUGUCCUACAUAGCUUCUUUCAUUACACUCCUCCAUUUCAAAGAUGGCAGGGUGAUUUCCUUGUUGCACUAGGGAACUGACAUACGAAGGCCGUAGGGAGGGCUUUGAGGCCCAUCACAUCAUAAAGUCAGUGUUCUGCUUGCAAACUCUCAUAGAGUACGUUCUAAAAGACUUUCUCAGUGCCAUUUGUUCCUAAACUUAAUGGGAGACACUACUUCUUAUGGCCACAUAUAGGACUGGCAUGCUUCAAAGGAAGCUUUGUGCAUUAUCUAUGGACUGGGAGAAGCUGGGAGUUUGGGAAUUGAGAAGUCUCUGUAGAUACUUCAU